GACAUCUACCGCUUCGACACUGGCUACGCUUCGUGGGCCAGUGAGAUUGGUCUCGACAAGAGGGCCCCAUGUAAAGAUUCCCGCAUCCAAGCUUAGAGCACAGCCGGGAUCCUUGUUACUUGCCAGCGAUCUUCGACAAGUCCUGGAGACGCAGAGGAGGCAGUCGCCCUGCCCAUGGUUCCCAGAGGAAGGCCCUCGUCAAAAUGAUGCCAUGGCAUGCUUUAAGCCAUUUCGUUGCAUCUGCAUAGUCGAUGAGAACGAGAGGGAGAGAAUCCAGCAGGAGUGCAUUGCUGGCCCGUUCAACUGGAAUCCGUCUGCGAACGAUUGCCCUCAGUAUCAUAGAGAGGAUCGGUGGUCUGGAGACGGCACGGCAUACAUACAUAGCGAGUUCUCGCGCUGUAGUAAACACGAUGGCUGUGUCACCUUGUCUCACAGGCGCGUGUUACGGCGGCGCAUGUCUACGACCGAGGCGUUGGAGCCUUGCAACUCACAGUGGUACCAGGCUUUGGAUCCUUCGUCUCACAAUCUAGUCGAUGACAUCCAGUUCAAGAACGUGACGUGGUGCGAGGACGCGAGGUGUCGGAAUUUCUACAGAUUUCGAGAUCAUGCUAGUGUGGGCACCUCGACAAGUUGAAGGAACUUGGUCCGUAGAUGUCCAGGAGUAUGUAUGGGGUACUUUAGUUGGCCAAAUCAUUGAGGAAUGGUGUAGAAUAAGCGUCCCUACUCGUUCCGUUAAGCGUAUAUAAGUAGCAAAAGCAUAGUCGAAGUCAAUCCUCUAGCGUUCGUCGUUG